AUGACAAAAGGUUCUGAGACGGCACAGUCGUACUCAACGCUCCUCAUCGCUGCACUUCUCGCUGUCUCUUACGGAUUCACGAAGAUUCCAAACAGCUACACGAUUGCGGAGAGAACAUCAGCUUGUCAAGAUUAUUGCAAGGGACAAUCAAUCUCGGUCACGACGGGCUUCCCCUUCCUUACAAAUCAAUGGCAGUUGUGCAAUUGCCCAAUUGCUCAAUUGUCUGGACAGUUCGUU